UAUAUCUAAAAGAGGAGAGUUUUAGCAUACAAACCACUUCUUCUGGAUCAGGAGAAAAAAAUCAAAAUGAUCAUAGAAGUCUUAAUGUUGACGCUUUAUUGUUUGGCAUCGUUGGUGGAGGGAAAAACAAGACUGUCACCGCGUCCAAGUCUGGAAGAUUUCCGGAAGGACUAUGUAAGUGUUGCCCAAACCUGUCAUGAGGUCGGGUUUAUCAAGGGAAAAUACAACAAGGGUGAUCCUGUCGCUUUUCAUGUGAAACUAACGAAGCAUUUUAAGAACUUGGUAAAAGGAUCCAAACUAAUAUAUGAAUCGAUUGAAACCAAUGUUGGCGAGGGAUACAAUUCCAAAACAGGAAUUUUUACGGCUCCUCGAUCCGGAAAGUACGUGUUCGACUGGGCCGUGAUGUCAUUUCCAAAUAAAGUGUCCGAAACCACUUUGAUGGUAAACGGUGUCGCAAAAGACCUGAAUUACUGCAAAAAUGUAAAAACAUGGCCCCACUGCAGCAAAAUGACGAUAGUGAACAUGAAUGCUGGAGAUCUUGUCUGGAUUGCAGUUUCCUCAGACAAAGCUAAUGUGCACAGCGGAUACACAACAUUCUCUGGAUUUAGAUUAUAAAAAUGUUUCUUUUUUUAUAAUCUUAUUUGAUUCAUAUUAAAAAUAUAAU